AUGACCCGUGACGCACCCAAGACGUGGUUGGAAGUCCUUGACGAACAGCUUAAUGUCGAUGUUGACUGGAUGGACCCAACCUACUCCAAGAACCUUGCCAUCACUCCGAAUGAUAUGACCAGCAACAAUCUCUGGGUCAACCAGCAGAUGUCCCAUCCCGAGAAUGAGAAAAUGGUGCUGGAAGUCUGCAAGGAGCUCAAGUCUCAAGGGUGGAAGGCAGCUUACACUCGCAUCGCUGUCAACAUGUGCAAGAACAAUAUCGACAACAUCAAAGGCCGCACUUUGCUCCAGGUGUACCCUAAUGAGGCCUACGACACUCAGGCUGUCCUCGAUUCUGCCCGUGCUUAUGCUAAAGAAUUCGAACGUGCUGGCAUACCCCAGAACAGAUACUGCAUCAAAAUCCCGUCCACUGGUCCUGCGCUCAAUGCUUGCCGAACACUGAAGCAAGAAGGCAUCGCCACUCUUGGAACUGCGCUAUUCGGUCUACCUCAAGCUAUCGCAUGCAGUCAAGCUGGCUGCCUAUACAUCAGCCCCUACUUCAAUGAGACCAAGGCACACGAUGACCUUCAGCUGUGGCCUGAUGUUGAAGACCCUGCUACUCAACACACCAUGUCUGCUCGCACACUGCAGAUUCUCGAGACAUACGCUCGUCUGUACAAAGAAACUGGCAAAGAACAGCCUCUGCUCAAGCAAGCUAGUUUCAUCACGGCCAAAGAAGCCAUGGCAGCCGGCGAGCACGGCUGUCAUAGUGCAACAAUCUCGCCUCAAGUCUUGGACGAGCUUUCCAAGCUCACAUAUGAUGGCUCAAAACAGCCAGGUGAGGGUAAGCCCAAGCCUGCCCACAUGUAUGCCGGCUAUAAGACUCCGGACCGUCUUGCAGAGGUCUCAAAGAUCGAUCCGCUUGCUGCAGCUUCCAUCGACGCAAAGAUAGCUGACACUGACAUUGAUUAUCUUGCCAACAAUGGCGAGGAGUUGCAGAAAGCAAUCAAGGCUGAUCCUGUGACCUCCCAGAGACUCGAUGAUGCACUCAAGCUCUUCACUGGUGGUUUGAUGGAGAGCAAGGCGAAGAUCGACAAGUGGUUCGAGCAGGUAUAA